AUGGAAAUCGAGAAAAUCUUGAGAGAGAAGCGGAUCGAAAUGGAUAGAAUCUUGAAGGAGAAGCAAUUGAAGAUCAAUAAUGAGCUAAGGGAGAAGGAAUUGCAGCUGGAAAAGGAAAUGCUCGAGAAGGCACUUCACGAGGAGCAGGUCUAUGCUGAUCGUAUGCAGCAGAUGCGAGAAUCGUAUCAAAAUGCGAUCGAAAACAUGAAAACGGAAAAGUGGCCUUUUUUCAUCGGAAGCUACGAAGCCUCUAACGAAGCAUGCGGUUGCAACGAUGUAGAGAACUUAGUUCGCCUACAGGACAGUGUUCGUGGACAAUUGUUGUUGCCAAAGUCCGUACCGAAGGUGAUCAACAAACUCCGGCAGCUCUACGGUCGUUCGGAACAACUUUUGCAUUUCCAUCUGGGAAAAGUGAAACAAUUGGACCCCCCGAAAGCAGAUAGAUUGGAAACGUUCAUUCCUUUCGGAAAUGUGGUGGAACAAUUAUGUGACCAUUUGAUAGCAGCUGAGUUGAAAGAGCAUUUGAUCAAUCCGCUCCUCAUCCAAGAUUUGGUGGACAAGUUGCCGGCAGGUGAUAAGCGAGAAUGGGUUCGAUACCGAAGUAAAAGGAAGACGGCAACAUUAAGAACAUUUUCCAAUUUCAUCUCCAAAAUCGUAACCGAAGCAUGCGCAGCAAAUGUGAGCCUUGAGAACCGGCCUGGGACCAGGGAAAAAUUACCUGUACACGCAAGUAAAGGAAAAGCCAAGGAAAAAGGAGCCGUUUACUCCCAUAGUACGACCGUGAAUCCGUCAAAUGAUGCCGCCAUAGCCGAGAAGAAGCUAAAACCAUGUAGAAGGAUGGAUCAUCGACUCCGCUUUUGUCAGGACUUCAAAGUGAUGAGUUUUGCUGAACGUGACAAGAUCGUGGAGAGAGGCAAAUUAUGCAAAAUAUGUCUGAAUGAUCAUGGUAACGCUUUAUGCAAAUUUAAGAUUCGCUGCAACGUUGGUCAAUGUCACGAACGACACCAUCCACUACUUCAUCCGAGUGGACACCAUGUUGUCAUGAACACACACAUCCGUGCGUCUAGCGCUAUUCAGUUUCGCAUGAUUCCGGUGAAAUUGCAUCAGGAAGAAAAAAACGUCACAACGCUAGCUUUCUUCGAUGAAGGGUCGUCAAUUACACUUGUUGAAUGCUCGCUCGUCAACCGACGAGGAGCUGAAGGAGUGAAAUGGUCGCUAACCAUAAAAUGGACUGCUGAUAUUAGUAGGGAAGAACAUGAUUCAAGGAUGAUGAAUUUAUGGAUCUCUGCCGUGGGACAAAAAGAGAAACUCCUCCUUCAAUCUGCUCAGACGGUUCAUAAGUUGCUACUUCCGAAACAGUCGCUAAAUUCGGUUGAAAUCUCCGCUAAGUAUAGCCAUCUGCGGAAUCUACCAUUAGCGUCGUAUUCGGACCAACAGCCUGGUCUGCUCAUUGGCCUAAAUAAUCUUCACACUAUUGCGCCAAACGAAGCUAAAAUACGGAGAGUCGGAGAGCCGAUAGCCGUACGAUCAAAACUCGGCUGGUCGGUGUAUGGUCCUACUUCAGGGCAAACAGAUAGCACAAUAUCCGUCAACCAUCAUCACGGAAUCAGUAAUGACGACCUCUACAAUUUGCUGAAGAAGCAUUACUCUUUGGAGGAAUCGGCAGUCGAAAUAUCGCAAGAAACAAAAGAUGAGAAAAGGGCGCGUGGAAUUCUGGAACGAACAACCGUUCGUAUCGGUGACCGCUUCGAAACGGGGUUGCUGUGGAAAUCGGAGGAUCGUAUGUUUCCCGACCGGCUGGCGAUGGCGCGUGGGAGACUCAAACAGUUGGAACAACGUCUCGAAAAGUCUCCAGAAAUGUACGACAAGAUCAGGAAACAGGUCGAAGGGUAUGCCCAUCUAGCAACAUCGAAGGAGCUAGCGGAAACCGAUUCGCACUUGCCACUGCGCACUUGCACACUUGUGGUACUUGCCACUGAAUUACGUACAAAACCCGAAAAAGCCAAACAAAAUUCGUCUGGUUUGGGACGCUGCAGCAACAGUCAGCGGCGUUUCUCUCAACAGUCAAUUAUUAAAGGGACCCGACAUGCUCACGCCUCUAACAGCGGUUCUCAGCCUUUUCAGUGA